AUGGCUUCCUUUCUCCGCUCGCGCCGCCCCACCCCCGGCUCCGGCGUGGACAAGCCCGGAGCCAUCUCGGCCCUCAGUACAAUCGAGGAAGAGCCGUCUCGCCUCACCUUCAUGUCUCUCCCCACCGAGAUCCAUCUCGCCAUCUCCAAGAUGCUCAUCUACCCUGACGCUCUGUCCCUGAAACACACCAACGCCCACCUCUACUCGCUCGUCGACACGGGCGUCAACCUCAAAGUCGAGUGGCUCGUGGAGCGCCGGAGUCUCCAUCUCGAAUGCCCCAAUGACCGGCGAUGCGACCUGAGGAGCGACCUUCGCUUCUGUCGAGGCAGUGUUCCUCUACUUAUGCAACGACGUCGCGAGCACUUUGAGUGUGAAUCUCGGCCAGGUCUCGGUUGUCUCGUCUACGGCACGAGGCUGUGCUCUCACCGUUCCGCCAUUAGCAGGCGAUUACCUCGAUGGCUACAAGUCAAGUUGACUGUCGAGCUCUGGUGGAUCUUGCUUGCGCUGGUUCCCGUAUUUUGCGGCUGGCUAUGGUUGACUGAGCUGUUUCGAUAA